AAUCAGUGAAAUUUAUGGGAUCUAUAAAGGUAAGUUUUAAUCAAGGAUUGAGUAUACACCACAAACCAUGAUGGGAAGCUUACAAGAUGAUUCAAUAUCAGUGAUAAUGGUGCCAUUCCCAGCUCAAGGCCAUCUCAACCAAAUGUUGCAGCUCUCGUGCCUCAUCUCCUCAUUCGGAAUCCCGGUCCACUAUGCCGGCUCCCCUGUCUUCAACCGUCAGGUCAGACUCCGUGUCAACGCCCUAAACCCUACCGAUGUCCAAAAAAUCAAUUUCCAAGAUCUUUCCUUCUCCGCGUUCGCCUCCCUGCCCCCGGUCCCGGACCCAUCUACCAAAUUCCCGGGGCACCUUCAACCAGCAUGGGAUGCCGCGAUGAGUAUGGCGGGGCCCCUGGGGGACUUGAUGCGAAGUCUGGCACUUAAGCAUCGGAGGGUCAUUGUCAUCCACGACCCCUUAAUAGCCUCCGUAGUCAAGGAUGUUGCUACCAUUCCCAAUGCAGAAUCCUACGCCUUCAUCUGCAUCUCUGCCUUCUGUCAGAUCAAAUUCUUGUUCGAACUUCUGGGGAUAUUUUGUCCGGUCCAGCGGUUGCGGGAGCUGCCGCCGAUAUCUGACACCAUCUCCAGAGAGCUGUAUUCUUUCAUUGGAUUGCAGGAUGAAGGGAUGGCUUUGAGAUCUGGAGAUAUUAUAAACACGUCCAGAUCCAUUGAAGGCCCGUUUUUGGAUAUAUUGGAAAGCAAGGAGAUCGCCGGAGACGUGAAAAGCUGGGCGAUCGGGCCGAUGAUACCUACAAAGCCAUCGUUGAAUCCUCGGCAUCAAAUCUUGGAUUGGUUGGAUAAACAGUCCCCCAAGUCUGUUAUAUUCGUCUCUUUCGGCACCACUACAUCCCUCACAAACCAUGAAGUACAGGUGGUGGCGGAAGGGCUUGAGCGGAGCGGACACAAGUUCAUAUGGGUAUUGAGAGAAGCCGAUAAGUCAAAUGUGUUUGACGGAGAGGCGCGGAGGAUUGAGCUGCCGGCUGGAUUUGAGGAGAGGGUUAAAGAGAGAGGAGUUGUGGUGAGAGAGUGGGCACCACAGCCGGAGAUCUUAGCGCAUCCCUCCACGGGGGGAUUCAUGAGCCACUGUGGUUGGAAUUCGUGCAACGAGAGCAUCAAGAUGGGAGUUCCGAUCGCCGCAUGGCCGAUGCAUUCUGAUCAGCCCACCAACGCGGUUUUCGUCACGGAGGUGCUCAGGGUUGGGCUGCCCGUGAGGAAAUGGGGCGAGGUUGUGACGGCGGAGAUGGUGGAUGAUGCUGUGAGGAGGCUCAUUGCGUCGGAGGAGGGUGACGAGAUCAGGAAGAGGGCGGAGGAGAUGGCUGCCGUCGUCCAUGGGGCGACGGAGCCAGGCGGCGCGUCGCGGCUUGAGUUGGAUGCGUUUAUUGCUCAUAUUAAACGGCUUCACCUUUAAACUUGUUUCCUUUCUAUUCUGAGUGAUUUUAAUAUGUAAUUGGGCCAAGAAAACAUGUCUGCCCUAACAAGGCCCAAGGAAUUACCUUGUGUAACGUGUACUUCAAAAUUAAGAUAGCUUUUCGGGCUAA